AUGACUUUUCUUGCCUCUCGUCUGGAGAAGCUGCCCAUAUUCGCCAACUCUCUGGCGUGCUCAAAAGCAGUAUGGGCCUUGGAUAGGCUUUUAUGCACCUACAUCCACAACCCGUUUGUUGCCUGUUUCUUGGUGGUGGCCACGCUUCUACCGUUGCAGUAUUCCCAGUUAUCAACUGCCUUUCAAAUAGACGAGCUCGCUCUCUUUGACAAGGAUGACUUCAUAAUUGACAUCUUCCACAAUCUCGUGAACCUUGUGUUCAUCUUCAGGUUCGUCAGAUCUCUGCAGAACUUGACGCUACGGUGCCUGCUUUUCACUGAAAUCUUCCUUUUAAUUCUACAAGAAUUUGGCGUGGUGUUGCUCCUUUUCUGCCCCAAGUACUCCUUGUUGUACUCCGACAUAAGCAUGGUACUCAGAUUGUUUAUUUGGUGGCAGAUUCUUUGUCCAUACGUGAUUUUAAUUUGCAAUGCUUUUGACAGGGGUGAAGAGGAAGAAACGAAUUACAGUGACGAAAAACGCAAUUUGGUGAGUACCUGCAAGAACUACAAUUUGCUAAAUAUUGUCGUGGAAACGAACAAUAAUAUGUUGCCAAUCUUUAUGGCACAGUCUUUUGCAACCAUUAAUCUUGACUUUCCAUUCUACGAAGGUUUCUGGCUCCCUUUCUUGUUUCAUAUUGGCCAGAUCAGCAUUAAAUUUUAUAUCAUUUGUCGAUUCAUCCUUUAUGAGCUCGUUGUGGUCGUGCUCGAUAUUCCUAAUCCCAAAUCAUUCUCCGAAUUCUACACACCAGUGCAGAUCGGAAACACAAAGAAAUCAUUCUACAGCACCCUUUCACAUUAUACAAGUGCUUGUCUUAUAGCUUGUGCACUUCUUUGCAUCACUUUCGACUUGUUCAUCAUUGCACUUUCGGAGUACUAUUUCUAA